GGCGCAGGCCGCAUUUAUCGGUGGGGGUAGUCGGCCACGGCCUCGGAGGAGGGAGAGGUACGUCAAGCGUGAGGGGUGCCUCGGAGCUGGGCCGCAGAUGGCCCCGCGCCCGCGGCGGCGAUGGGCCGCCGCGGCGGCGGCCUCGCUCCUGGGCGCCGAGCGGGCGCUACCCGACGUGCUGUGGUACAAACCGUACUACUCGACCACAGGUUUGACCACAACGGCCAGCGGCGUUACCACGCUCUGGUUCCGGACGGGUACCCGCGGAGCGCGCCGUACCCCGCAAUCGUCAUGUUCCAUGGGAACGGCGGCGACGCUUCGUCCUUCACGUGCGAGACGAACAUGACGCAGAGGGCCAGGGAGGCUGGCUACGUGCUGGUGUAUGUAGACGGCGCGCCCGCGGCGAACUCCACCCUGCGGAGCCGGGCGCGGUCGUGGAACGCUGGCACGUGCUGCGACGAGGCGCUGCUGCGCGGAAUUGACGACGUCGCGUACACCGCGGAGGUGCUGCGCACGCUCCCAGAGUCGCUGGCGGUGGACGCGGCGCGCAUCUUCUUGGCUGGGGUGUCGAACGGCGCAUCCAGGGGCCGUGGCCGGCGCGGCGGCCGCUUCCGGGCUCCGUUGGCCUCGGCGAUACACAGGAUGGUGGCUCCCUGGGGCCCGGCCACGGCGCGCGUGGUGCUCCGGGCCGGGUGCGAGCUCCCGUCCCUGGUGGCCGGGCUCGCGGUGGUGGACGGCUCGCUGGAGACGAGGGACGGGCGAUCCUGCGGAGCGGCGUGCCAGCCACGGACCCCGGCGACGCCGGCUACCUGGCGUGCGCGUGGGGGCAGGACGCCCCGGGGUGCAGCCCGCUGGAGUGGGACAGCGAGUUGCCCGAGGUCUACUCCUGCGCGGCGGUGCGCGCCCGGCAGCUGCCCGUCGCCCUCUUCUUUGGGAGGCUCGACCCGGCGUGCAACGUCAGCGGCCAGGUGUUCGUCCCGACGAAUUCCUCUGGGUACUUCGAGACGUACAGUCCCAUGAGCUAUGUCUACGAGUACUUCCGGAGGGCGUACGGUUGCAGCGAGGACAGCAAAGUCUUGACUUUCAGGAACGGCACUGCUGGCAACGCCACGGAGUGCUAUUCCUGGACGGGCUGCACCAACGUGACGUACUGUGUGUCGGAUGCCGGGCAUCGGUGGUACGGGGACGUCUACGACGUCGUUGCGGUCUGCACUUGGGAGGGGUACAGUGCCAGCGAGUGCGCGUUCAGUUCCGAUUUGGCGUCCUACGGGCCGCAGACAGACAGCAUCUCCACCACGGGUCAGAUCAUCUCGUUCUUCGACACCAUUCUGCAGGAGGCCCCAUGGGGUUGGGCGAUGUGGGCGGCCCACUCAGAAGGCGCCAAUCUCUUGCGAGAAAUCCCCCUUCCCUUCUUGAGCCGCUUCGGCGUCCUGCAGAAUCACGCGCAAGUGGGUGGUAGAGCUACCAUAGGGACGCUGCAUUCACUGAAGCCCCACCGGCCUGCGAGCCGCAGCCCCUGGCCCAGGCCGGAGGAAAACACGCCUCUGAUGGCCGCGCCGGGCCGCUUUUGCGGGAAGGCGGCGGCGCUGCAGCGCAGAGCAUCGGGGGACGUUUGGAGACCUGGCAUCCCCCGCCCCAACACCCCGUGGCACGCCGCCAGCAUACGUCGCGGGGGAUCCGCAGACGGCCCGGUCUGGUUGUGAUUGCCAGGCAGUCCGAUUUGGGACGGGGCUUGCCCGUCUCUUCUUGCACGUCCUCCUCCACCGCCUCCACCUCGUCCACCUCCACAUGUUCCCCCUUAUCCUCCGCCU